GACUGUCUUUUUGAUUGAAGUUAUUCAAGCAUGGCGUAGCGAAAAUUAUAACUAUUCCAAUUAUGGCCGCGAAAUUCUUAGUAGAUAAUUCAUGUUCCGUGUAAAGUAAAAAUAACGGCACAACAAUAUUCCGACUCGAGGUUUUAUCAAAGCAAAAUGAACCUGAGAAAUAGCGUUUCGGACCAUGUCUUCUUCUCUUAUGUAUGCCUGGUCGAUGAAGUGAAACCAAUAAACAAUGAACUUGCCUAUGAAUCCGAUAUCGAACUGGAUAAUGACCGGCCUAUUCAAGUGGAGAGAUCGAAGGCACUACAUGAACUCGUAGAAGCUAAAAAGCAACUUCAGACAACAGACCUUGAAGAAAUGCAGAAUGGCAACAUUGCAAAUACAAGCAACCUUGAGUCACUACAAGAGGAAUCACUGGAGGAUAGUAGAAAUUGUGCCAAUAUUUUGAAACUAACCAGAAUGACAUGGCUUUCUGGUCAAGAAGGCUCUCCGGAGUCCAGCUCCCCGUCGAUAACACCCAGUGCCUCCUCCGCCUCAACCUGCAGCCGAGAAUCUGAAGAAGGAAUUGAUACCCGCGUCAGUUUCGGCGAUAAAUGCUUAUCAACAAUACUACGCUUGGACCGGGAACACAAUAUGUUUGGCCUCUCUAACAUAGCCAUAAUUGGAACGAAAACAUCGCGACGGAGUCGCAAAGAUGAGAAACCUGCUUUUCCUCAGACUGCUAUCGUACAAGUCUGUUGUAGUAGAGGCUGUUGCAGACAUAAGAGCAACACAGAUCUACCAGCAUCUCUUAAGUGCGGCGGAUGUAAUGGAUGCUGUCCAGACCCAUCAUGUCCAAUUUGUAUCACAUCCUGCGGAACGCCCUGUGUUGAACCACCUUGCCCGUCACUGUGUUCGACGUGUCCAAAAGGAAAGUGCAGUUGCAAGGCCGCACCAUGUUCACCAUCUAAAUGCAUGUUGGAUUGUUCAAAUUGUUUCGGGAUGACGAUUCAAGUGAAGAGAAGACCAAAGUACGAUCCCGCCCCGAUUGAAUUGACACCACGAUCAAGCUGUAUUCUCAAAAAGCCCAUGGCCGCUCGAUCAUGUCACCAUUUGCCCCACUGCGUACCACCCUCUUCCUGUUUUCCCUAUUUAAUGCCCUGCUACUGGCCUGCUAGAGCUGGAGCUCCAUGCAACGACCCUGCACGAUGCUUCCAUACCCCACCCUGUAGACCGCCCAGGAAGAGACAAGCUCCGAAGGCACCCGAAGAAGUUUGCUCUAAGAUUGCAAAAUGCACUGAUAACGAGAACAAAAAAUGUGAAAACAUGACUUGUCCUGGGAAUAUUCCCAUUUUUAAAAAAGCUAUUGAGAGCAGAUUUGGAAGCGAAAAGUAAACAUGGUCAAACCACACUGUAUUAGCAACAAUUCAGCUUGCACCUGUGUAAAUAAGGAUCCAUCCGAAAAUACUCAAGAAAGCACCACUAAGAAAAAG